AAAAAGUAUCGGAACAGUAACCGCAAAACGUAGAGAGAAGAAGAAGUAGAUCAGACCGUUGUACAUAUAGCCGUUAAGGAACAACAAUUUAAAUACCUGAGCUUCACAGAAAAGGCAACCUUAUCAACACACAAAAACACCAACUCUUCUUACUCUUUAGAUUCCAUUUUCGAUCUCUGUUUCUUCAUUCCAUUUUUUUUUUCAAAAACUCUCGUUGCUUUCCAUUUCUGGAUCUUUUUUUCCUUAUAAAGUAUCAAUCUUUUGUUUGGUAUGGCUGGAACUAAAGAUUCUCACAUAGUCGAGAUUCCUGUAGACGAAGAGCACAAAGAGAAGCAACAGCAACAAAAACAGUUGGUUACGGUCCCAACACCGGGAAUACUCAAAGUGAUUCAACAGCAUCCGUUGUCGGAGAUCUCAGAGUCUCCAGGCCAUCUCUUGCUUCUAAAGCUAUGGCAAAGAGAAGAAGAUCUCUUCUGCCGCCGCGUCCUCCGCAAAGAAUCAAGGCUCGAGUCGAUCAAAAGAGAGAUCUUUCAGCUCUGCUGCUUCUUCCUCGUAUUCCACGGCUUCUUCUUCACCAUCCUCUACUCUUCUUCCUGCUCUGACGAUGAUGCUGUCUGCAAGAAGUGGUGGAUACCUUCUGCGGUGUCGCUAGCCACCUCGCUGGUUCUGGUGUUUCUGGUUCAGGCUAAGCUGUUCUUGUUCUGGAAAGUUUCGAGAGGAGUUCAUAGGGAGAGGAACGAUAACAGGACGCUUACGCGGUGUGUGUUGGAGCUGAGGAUGAAAGGGUCGAGCUUUGACCUGUCGAAGGAGCCGAUGAGUGGGAAGAGGAUGAAGAGCUCGAGCGUUGAGAUCAAGUGGAAACCUGUUACUUGGUUCUCUCAGUAUUUGAUCACCAUUGUUCUUCUUUGCUUUGCAGGGUUGUUCUUCCCCGUCUCUAAGUUCAUCCUCUGCGGAUUUUGAUCUGACAAAACUUUUUUAUUCAUUUUUUUUUUUUUUUGUUCCGGAUUCUAGUACAUUUUUUCUUCAACCUCCAUUGUGGGGAUGAAGCCUUUUGGUCCGAUCUUCCUUAGCUUGGGAGAGUUGCUGUCAAAUCACAGGGGUCCAAGAACAAACUGUAACUUUUGGCAGCCAUACGCUCUCUCACACAUAGUAGAGAUCAUACGUCUGACGCUACAUAGAUAUGUAACUUUGAAUCAGAAUUCUAUAAAGUUUCAUUCUUUUAUUUGUUUUUCUAUAAUAAAGAGCACAGCUUGUGAAGUAGUAGUAUCCAAUUUUUUCAGCAAAUAAAAUCAAAACUGCAAACAUUCA